AUGCCUGACGGUAGACCGGUACACGAGACACAUCGCCGGCUCUGGCUGAGCCGGGCUUGCUUACGCCUCCUUGUACUCUCCACAUGUCUUUCACUCCUCAUUCCGCCUUCAGAAGCAGCCGUUGCGUGUCCAUUCACCGUAUGUGAAGAAUGCGCUUGUGAGGGUAUCCCCGGGCCUCAGGGAGACCCUGGUCCCACGGGGCACAUGGGUCUACCCGGAUCGAUCGGUCCAAGAGGCUCCAGAGGUCCCCCCGGCCUCAGAGGACAACAGGGACUCCCCGGUUAUCCUGGUGAGCCCGGCCGAAAGGGCAUCAUGGGGGACAAAGGCCAGCCUGGAAUGCCGGGAACUGACGGUCUCAAGGGCAUGCCUGGCAUCAAGGGUCCAAAGGGCUUCCCUGGUGACCCCGGGUGCUGUGGACCGAAGGGACCUAGAGGCUACCCUGGUCCAGUUGGACCCGAUGGAUAUGACGGUCUCCAGGGCAUUCGUGGACCGAAGGGUGAAAAGGGUGAAAGAGGCGACACCAUCAUAGGCAACGGCACAGUAGUUGAAGGACCCCCUGGGAUGAAGGGUCCACGUGGACCCCAGGGCCCCCCCGGACCUCGUGGGCCCGAUGGCGAACGCGGCCGACCCGGUGUCACGGGUCCCAAGGGUUUCCCCGGACCCGCUGGAGACCCAGGCGACCAGGGACCCAAGGGCCCGAAAGGCAAGACCCCCAGCCCCUCCAUUCAAUACGCACAGCGUGGAGACAAAGGCGAGAAGGGCUACAAGGGCGCCUCCUACGAGAAACCGCCUGUUCUCAAGGGUAUCCAAGUUGGUCCGAAGGGCUAUAAGGGGGUCCCUGGGGAACGAGGAGCACCGGGCGACAAGGGACUCAAAGGCGAACGCGGUCUUCCCGGCUUUCCUGGCAUUCCUGGUCCACCGGGACCCGUCGGUGACCCUGGACCACCGGGCAAAAAAGGCAAGACCGGUCCAACAGGUGUCUCCGGAGAGACAGGUCGACCCGGUGCCGAUGGUAUGGAAGGUCCUCCGGGUCCUGAAGGUCCUCGUGGAGUGAAAGGCGAAAAAGGCUACCCAGGUAGAACCGGUCCGAAGGGAGAACGUGGUCCUAAAGGUGACACAAUUACCAAAGAGGGUACCCUUCCCGGUGCAGAUGGCGAACGAGGCGAAGUGGGACCGCCUGGCCCACCUGGUGAUGAAGGACCAAUGGGAGAGAAGGGUCUUGAGGGUGAACGAGGCGAUCCUGGUGAACCGGGUCCGAAAGGCGAACGCGGUCCAAGCUACGGGGCGGUUAUCCCGGGCGAACCUGGACCCAAGGGUGAACGAGGCCUUCCUGGUAUGGAUGGAAAACGCGGCAAGACAGGACCGCCUGGAUCUCGCGGCGUCAAGGGUGUUAAAGGGUUACCGGGCAGGGACUUGGUUGGUCCAAAGGGCGAACGAGGACCAACUGGUGUUCCAGGAGCACAGGGACCUGCAGGUGAACGAGGUCCUGAAGGUCCAGAAGGUCCUCCUGGAGAGCCUGGAGAAGACGGUCCAAGCAUAGACGGCGUAAAAGGUCCUCCAGGUGUCAAGGGUCAACCCGGAAUCCCCGGUCUUCGGGGAAGACCUGGACCUAGAGGCCCAACUGGUCCACAGGGCGACUGCGCCUACUGCCCAGACGGACUUCCUGGUCCUAGGGGUCCAAAGGGCUUCCCUGGAAGGCCUGGACGUCCAGGGGCUCCUGGCCUUGAUGGUGCUCCAGGAGCCAAGGGUCAACCAGGAGUUCAGGGCCCUGAUGGUCCAAUGGGACCUGCUGGACGAAAGGGUGUCAAAGGAGAGCCUGGACCAAUGGGCGAACGCGGUCCUGCCGGUGAACCCGGACGCAUUGAAUUCAUCAACCAGACAGUGCUUGACGCUCCAAGAGGACCCGAUGGACCUCCAGGCAGGGCUGGACCUCGCGGUCCUGUUGGACCAAAAGGAUUCCCUGGACAACGUGGACCUCGUGGGCCUGCCGGUCUGAAGGGUGAACCCGGAACAAGAGGACUGCCCGGUUUCAGUGGACCGCCAGGCAUUCAAGGCCCCCCUGGCGACCCUGGUCCCGAUGGAAGGGUAAUGAGCGCACAGAAGGGUGAACCCGGACCCCCUGGUCGGGAUGGCUACACUGGACCCAAGGGUGAAAAGGGUGAAAGGGGACCGGACAGGAUCAUCGAACAGCUCCAGGAACACCUCAAGGGUGAACCCGGUCCGAAAGGUGAAAAAGGUGAACCAGGCGUGCCUGGCUUCCCUGGUGUUCAAGGUCCUUCUCUGGCUUCAGGUGCACCUGGUGAGAAGGGUCUACGUGGGACUGAUGGCAAAGAUGGAAAGAAAGGCUAUCCCGGAGAGGUUGGACCUGAAGGGCCACAAGGAGAGAAAGGAAGACGAGGACCAAAGGGUCAACCGGGGUUGCCUGGAAGUCGCGGGCCCGAUGGACGAACUGGACCCCCAGGCCCUACCGGACCCAAGGGACAACGCGGUCCGGAGGGAGAACGCGGUGACAUUGGUCCUCCGGGUCCCGAUGGUGGUUCUGAACCUGGUCUUAGAGGUGAACGAGGCGAGCCUGGCGAAAAGGGCCGAAAGGGAGAGCCUGGUGCGCCAGGGUUGCAAGGACCGCCAGGCGAGAAGGGACCCAAGGGAAUCGCUGGUGUUGCCGGCCUUCCUGGACCGGUUGGACCAAUGGGCUUUAAAGGUGAACGUGGCGAGCCUGGUGAGGUUCUCUAUGGACCUAAGGGUCCUAAAGGUCCUCGUGGGCCUCAAGGCUACCCUGGUGUUCGAGGUCCAAAAGGUGACAGGGGUCCAGAUGAUUUCGUCAGCAUCGGAUUGAAAGGAGAAAGAGGCCAGAAAGGACAACCUGGGGAGCCCGGAGCUACUGGCUUAGACGGUCCGCCUGGUCCAAAAGGUAAACUCGGUCCACCGGGACAAGCUGGUCCUGACGGUCCACGGGGUGAAGCUGGCGACAUCGGCGAAAUGGGACCGGUGGGACCUCCUGGACGUCAAGGCCCUAAGGGACAGCCCGGUGUUCCGGGAGAGCCUGGACUGGAGGGUCUUGAAGGACCCGCAGGACCACCUGGUGUCCCAGGUCCGAAGGGUGACCCCGGACCAAAGGGCUAUCCUGGUGACAAGGGUGACAUCGGACCACCAGGCACAGGAGCCUCGGGCGUCAAAGGCGAAAAGGGUCAACCAGGUCGAAUGGGGUCUCCAGGCGAACCGGGUCCAGAUGGUCUUCCUGGGCCAAAAGGAAUGCCGGGGCUUCCAGGUCAGUCGAUUCAAGGUCCACCGGGGCCUCGGGGUCCCAAGGGAGAACAGGGUCCCCAGGGUCCGCCUGGAAUCAGCAAACCGCCUGCCAGAAAAGGCGCUGCAGGUCCUCCCGGAGCAAAAGGACCUCAGGGACCCAAAGGCGAGCCUGGUCUCCCUGGUCCUGAAGGUCGCCCUGGUCCUCGUGGGCCUACUGGACCCAUUGGUGACGAAGGACCUCAAGGACGUCCGGGUCUGCCUGGUCCAGCCGGUCCGAAAGGUCCAAAAGGACGACCAGGAAUACUGCUGGGUGAACCCGAACCAGGUGAAAAGGGAGAACGAGGAAUGCCUGGUCCACCUGGAGAUGAUGGCGCGCCUGGACUACAGGGAUCAAAAGGCGAACCUGGACUAAUGGGACCUCAAGGAGCUCCCGGUCCGCAAGGACCCAAGGGUCUUCCUGGAGUGCCAGGCAGAAAGGGAGCUCGUGGACCCGAGGGACCUCGUGGCCAGGAUGGCCUCCAAGGACCGCGUGGAACCUACGGCCCUCGUGGACCUAGAGGACCCCAGGGACCUGCUGGCAUGAAAGGAGACCAGGGUCCAGAUGGUGAACCGGGUGAUUCAAUGGAUGGACUGCCUGGUGCCAAAGGUGAACCUGGUGAGACAGGGCCAAUGGGACCGCCUGGAAUCAAGGGCGUGACUGGAGCCCCCGGUAACCGUGGACGUCCGGGUGAACCUGGUGAUCCGGGUCCUGAUCUUGUUGGUGUAAAGGGCGCCAAGGGUGAAAGAGGCUUGCAAGGCAGACCAGGUCCACACGGAGCUCGUGGACCCAAGGGACCCAAAGGCAUAUCCUAUCCUCAGCCCGGUGAACCAGGCCCCGACGGACCCCAAGGUCCAAAAGGCGUCAAGGGUGAACGUGGACCCCCAGGACCUGAUGGACAACCUGGUCCUAAGGGUGAACGUGGAGUUUCAGGAAAGCCCGGAGAGAAAGGCUUUCCUGGUCCCGAUGGCUUGCCCGGCGUCAGCGGACGUGAUGGACCUCCUGGACCACAAGGAUUCAAAGGCGAGAAGGGCUUCCGCGGAGCCAAGGGUGAGCCAGGGCUGAUGGGCCCGGUUGGGCCAAAGGGCGAGACUGGUGAUCGCCUGUCUGGUGAAAAGGGUGAGAAGGGACAACCUGGUCCUAUGGGUCCAACAGGCGAGAAGGGACCGCGUGGUCCCCAAGGCCAGCCCGGUCCCCAAGGACCCACUGGCGAGCCCGGACAGAAAGGCGAACCUGCUCCGAUGGGUCCGAAAGGCUACGAAGGCCCUCCAGGUGAACCUGGACCUCGUGGACCGACUGGUCCUCCAGGCGACGUUGGUCCUGCCGGCGAGCCUGGUCUUCCUGGACGUGUUGGUGACACACGCGGCAACACCGGCUACCUCUUCGCCAAGCACAGUCAGACCAUGCGGAUACCAGAAUGUCCCACCUCGACAAGGAAGCUCUGGGAGGGCUACUCCUUCCUCAGCAUGUCAGGCUCUGAAAGGCCGCACGUCAACGACCUCGCAAGCCCCGGAUCCUGCCUCCAGAUGUUCAGUCCAAUCCCAUUCAUGUUCUGCGAGAAGCAGGAGAACUGCUACUACGCCCAACGCAACGACCGUUCUUACUGGCUCAGCACUGAAGACGAGCCGAUGAUGUGGAAUCCGAUUCCAGUCAACGAGUCCCAGAUGCACAUCAGUCGGUGUGUCGUCUGUGAGGCUCCAAGCACGCUAUACGCCUUCCACUCGCAGACACUGGAGAUUCCAAAGUGCCCGAUGGGAUGGCAGGACAUGUGGGUCGGAAGCAGUUACCUCAUGGUAGGAACCCUUCUAUGUCCAGUUAUUGAACUAUAUUUAUCAGGAUAA